AUGGCCGCAGAAGGGAUAUACAGCGUCACCAAGGAGCCGCGGCGGCGGCUCGAUGACCCUGCGACCCACCGGGACAUCAAGGCGAUGCUGGAGAAGCAGCCGUCUGUUUCGUUGGCUGUUGCCCGCGUGAUGCACGAGCCGGCACCGCUGCGGCGCACGGCCGUGAAUGUGGAUGGCCGGGUGGAGGAGCAGGUGGUGCCUCACCCGGAAGCCCCACCCUGCUGCUGCCGUCGGGGUGGCGCAGUUGUGCAUGAGAGCUUUCCUUCAAAUUAUUAUACACGUGGUUCUUCUUUUGUCUUGUUGUUGGCGCUUGUGCCACUGUGCGGCGGUGAAUAUUUUUCCUUUUGUUUUCGCUUGGUGAGCGCAGAGGUGGUGCCUGUGGGGCGGGUGGCGCCAUGA